AUGGCAUAUCGCAUUGAAAAUCUACUCGAUAACUACACUUAUAGCGGUUCCAAUAGUUCGAAUCAAGAUGAAUUUGUACACUUUCAUGCAACAAGCCCUGAAGAUCUGCUGCAACGACGACAAGAAGAGCAAUGUCGGUUUGCCCAGGAACUUGCACCAAUGGUCGACUUUCUUGUAGAUCGAGCUUCUCUACCUCUGCAUGCAAACCGUCCAAGUCAAGCGCUGGUUCGUUUACUACGUGAUGGUCAACUAAUUUUACCUUCUGGAGACCCAAGAGAGACCAUUGGCCUAGAACUGAUUGAACUGAGCUUGCUGGCCUUUUUGGCUGGCCGGACAAUUACAUGGAGCCCUGCUGCUGCUGGCGAGAUAGAUCAGCUUUGCUUUCGCAUAUCGCGGGAUUUUCCGACUGGGUUAGCAGCUACUAUCGGAUUACAAAUGUCACUCCCAGAGGUGCCUUUCGUUAAGGACUUUGAAGUAUUUGCAGGUAAGAAACCUAAUUAA